GGGUGGGAUUGCCCUGCAGCUGCUCUCCACUGUUUACUGGGGAUCCGGGUCAGCAGCCUCUUCAGAGAUCACAAACCUGGGCUGAUUCUGGUUCAUUAAUGUUUUGGCCCUCAUGUUGUUUUUAGUAAGUUUUAAUUAGUUGCCAAUAUUUAAAGGCCAGGACAUUUCACAUAAUAAUCGCUAUUCUUGUUUUUCUUAAAAUAUCAAGAGCUCUGGCACUCAGUUCACACGUGUAAAUGUCAGCAUGCAGCCAGAGUUGUGCAGAAGCUGUGCCCUAAAGAGUUGGCAUUGUUCCUGUUUGUCUCAUUUAGGUUUAUUUUCUGGCAUCUGUGGGCAUUUGAGUGUGGGUUGCUUACACUUUGUUAGUUCAGUUUGCUCAUUCAUUCAACAAAUAAGGGUGCCUACGGGGUCCCAGGCACCAUAGUUGACCCUGAGAAUUUAGUGCCGUGGACGGCCCAGCCCUUGCCUUCACAAAACACUUAGGAUAGAGCCAAGAUAGACCAGAAAUAAGUUGUACACGACUGGUUGAUGGAAGAGGUGGCCCCUUUAGGGGUCAGGAAGGCUACCUGUAAGAGGUGAUAGAAAACCGACAGCCCAAGAGGGAAGUUAGCCAGGUGAAGGGGAGUGGGGCAGGUGUACCAAGCACAGGGAACCUUAGCUGUGAAGGUGAGAGAUAUUAGUGGAUGAGAGUAUCUGAAAGAAUCUAGUGUAUCUGGCAUGCAAGGGUGAUGCAAUGACAGAUGAGAUCAGAGAGAAUGACAGAAGCCAGGUUUGGGGGACCUCAUAGGUCAGGGUGAUGAGUUUAUCUGGAGGCACUAGGAAGCAUUGAAGCCCGACAGUGAAGUCAGGGUUACGGAUUAGGAUGACCACUUAAGCUAUAGUAUGGGUAAAAGAUUUGGAGGACAUAAUAGCAGGUAGGAAGGCCAAUUAGGACACCUUUGAGCUGUUCAGAUGAGAUGACUGGGAAAAGUUGCAUUGGGGCUGGGGUUUGAGUUGUACACCCUUACCCUUGACUAGGGAAUCCGCUUUGCCAGGGACUAGUCCCCACCAGUGAGAGAUGGAAAAGAGGCAACAUAGUGGUACAUGUAAUUAAGAGUUUAGGCUCUGCAAUCAGAGAGAACUAGGUUUGAAUGCCAUUUCUGCCUUUCUCUGGCUGUGUGACCUUGGGCAAGUCAUAUACUCUCUGAAUCUCAAUUUCCUCAUUUGCAGAACAGGGAUAAUAACCCCUCAUAAAUAACUGAAUUAUACAAAGCACUUAGCCGUGUCCAGCCCACCCUCCUUAAGUGUCUGAUACAUGUUUUAUGAUUUUGUUAUUGAGCUACCUGGGAAUGCUCUAGAAACUCCACAUGUGGCCGACUACCAACCUUGUUAUCAGACAGAAGCUUUGGCCAGUUCCCUGUCCUGCAGAAGCUUUCAGGGAGUCUAGAGGCAGAAAGUAGCUGGAUCCUCACAUUCCCCUUCUCCCUAGGUUCAGUACCAGAAGUGUCUUGUGGCCUCUGCAGCUCGAGGCAAGGCCUGGGGUGCCCAGGCCCGUGCCCGCCUGCGGCUCAAGCGGACCAGCUCCAUGGAUUCCCCAGGAGGUCCCCUGCCCCUCCCCCUGCUCAAAGGAGGGGUUGGUGGUGCAGGGGCAACCCCUCGAAAGCGGGGUGUCUUCUCUUUUCUUGAUGCCUUCCGGCUGAAACCCUCUCUGCUCCAUAUGCCCUAAACUUUUCUGGGAAGGCUGGGGAAGGAGGCUCUGGGUCCAUGCCUAACUCUAUACCGUUUUAUUCCUCAAGGCCUAUAGCCUGUCACCCUUUGAAGCCUUCUCUGCCUGUCCCUCUGAUCCUUGUCCACCGUCUAUUUAUUGCCCAAUUUAUUAUUUAUACGGAUGACUAGGAGGCACUGCACCACAACGUAGGACCCUGGCUCCCCUUUCCUUGGGUCCUUGUGUUCCUUGCCCCUGUCCAACCCUGGACAGUUGGCUCUACCUCAGUAACACUUUAUAGCAAAAUCAGUGCAAAUAAAAAUCCCUCAGUGACCUCACUGGAUGGCCCUGAUGGUUCAUUAGAUGGAGUCUUCGAGUCUUAGGGAGUUGCCGCAGGGUCCCCACAGCGGCUCCCGACGGUUGUGAAUGAACAUCCAUUCUCCAGAGCUUCCGGCAACCUGCCUGGCCCUGGACGCGUCUCAACUGGCCCGCGUGAGCGGCCGCCCCGGAAAUGACGCGUUGCCCCGCUGGCCAAGCGGAAGUGGAGAUGGCGGAGCUGUACGUGAAGCCGGGCAACAAGGAGCGCGGCUGGAACGACCCGCCGCAGUUCUCAUACGGGCUGCAGACCCAGGCCGGCGGACCCAGGCGCUCGCUGCUUACCAAGAGGGUCGCCGCACCCCAGGAUGGAUCCCCCAGAGUCCCCGCAUCAGAGACUUCUCCUGGGCCUCCCCCAAUGGGGCCUCCACCUCCUUCAAGUAAGGCUCCCAGGUCCCCACCUGUGGGGAGUGGUCCUGCCUCUGGUGUGCAGCCCACAAGUUUCCCAGUCGAGUCUGAGGCUGUGAUGGAGGAUGUGCUGAGACCUUUGGAACAGGCAUUGGAAGACUGCCGUGGCCACAUAAGGAAGCAGGUAUGUGAUGACAUCAGCCGACGCCUGGCACUGCUGCAGGAACAGUGGGCUGGAGGAAAGUUGUCAAUACCUGUAAAGAAGAGAAUGGCUCUACUGGUGCAAGAGCUUUCAAGCCACCGGUGGGAUGCAGCAGAUGACAUCCACCGCUCCCUCAUGGUUGACCAUGUGACUGAGGUCAGUCAGUGGAUGGUAGGAGUUAAAAGAUUAAUUGCGGAAAAGAGGAGUCUGUUUUCAGAGGAGGCAGCCAAUGAAGAGAAAUCUGCAGCCACAGCUGAGAAGAACCAGACCAUACCAGGCUUCCAGCAGGCUCCAUAAUCCUCGGUUCCCCAGACUCACCGGACACCAUCUCCUAUGCCUUGGAGGCCUUCUCUCACUUGGCUCCCUUCUUACCACCACCAAGACUGUCCCACUGGGCCUGACCCACCUAUGAGGGAAGAAGUCCCACCUGGGCCAGAGGGAGUUCAUGUGUUACUCAUAACAUUGCAUUUCAAUAAAAACAUCUCUGUGAUGGGCCUUGGGUAGGAGAGAUGAA